AUGGAGAAGUACCUUAAAGUGUCCGUCGUAGGGCAAGGUACCUACGGAAUCGUAUACAAAGUCAAAUGCAGGAGCACCGGAAAGGAGUUCGCCUUGAAGCGUUACAAUUACGGAGUAGAGGACUCGACCGUGAGAGAGCUCUCCUGUCUCGCAGCACUCAAGGGUCACCCUUAUGUGGUUUCUGUACACGACUGCUUCUUCGACGAAGGAAAGGUAGCCAUGCUCCUGUCCUAUGUACCUUACACCUUGAGUGGAAUCAUUCACAAGGGACACGGUCUGAAAUCGUACCACGAGCCGGGUCGAGUGGAAAGGUCGAUCCCCUUGAGUUUCGUUGCUCAUUUUUCUCGCCAAGUGGCUCACGCUCUGUCUUGCAUGCACGAGAUGAAUAUAGUGCACAGGGACUUGACACCUUUCAACGUGCUACUGACAGAAGAUCUCACGGUCAAGGUGGCAGACAUGGGCCUUUCGAGACAAUGCUCGAAAUGGAUGAGUCCCACUGUAGUCACAGAGGCGUACAGGGCCCCGGAACUGUUUGAUGAGUGUGGGAAAUACCGCUUAGAGUACACUUGCGCUAUAGACAUGUGGAGCCUGGGGGUGAUGAUAGCAGAGGCGAUGGAAGGGGAAGUGAUAUUCCGUCAGCGUCUAGACCACCGCGAAAAGAGCAUGUACCGGAUCAUCGCCGAGACUCUGGGGUCCCAAAGACCGCUCCUGCGCAUCGAUUGCAUCCUGGGGCCCUGA